GUUUUAGCCCCACCUACCGGCCACAGUGACGAAUUUAGGCGUCGCCGCAUGCAGCAGUCCCGCCACCUUUGUUGGUUUUCCACGAUCCAUCAUGGCGAUGCACGCUAAGGCUACUCCGCCGCAGAUCCCGGACACCCGCCGGGAGCUUGCCGAGCUGGUGAAGAGGAAACAAGAGCUUGCAGAGACGCUCGUGAAUUUGGAACGACAAAUAUAUGCCUUCGAAGGCAGUUACCUCGAAGACACUCAAAUGUAUGGUAACAUCAUCAGAGGAUGGGACAGAUACCUAACCAACCAAAAAAACUCUAAUAGUAAAACUGAUCGAAGAAAUCGAAAAUUCAAAGAGGCAGAGCGUCUGUUCAGCAAGUCAUCAGUCACAUCAGUAGCGGCUGUGUCUGCACUUGGCGGGAUACCAGAUCACAUGAACGAGAAACGUGAGGCGGGCAGCGGCACAGAAAGUGACGCGUCCCCGGACCUCCAGAACCAAGAGAACGAACCCAGCCAGGAGGACACAGAGGAUGUCGACUCCACCUUGCAGGACUUGAAACCCCAAAAAGCUGCCUCCUCUUCUUCAUCUGGCAGCCAUCACGGAAGCCAUAAGAAGAGGAAGAACAAAAAUAGGCACAGGUUCGACAUGAAAGUGAACAAAAAACCCAGAGCUGAAUACUCCACCUGAAAAAGGCAAGAUGUGGACCCACAAGAGCAAUGAGAGACUUUAUGAACGUCGUAUGGCAAUUCCCCCACCCCCCUCCAGUUGUCAUAUUGCAGCUGUGAUGCGUGUUCUGCUCAAAACAUUCCCCAGCGUCCUGCAUGUUACUCCACACCAUUCGGUAACAUUUUGAAAUGUUUAAAAAAGAAAGUAUUUAUUUUGUAGGCAAAGCAACAUUCUCA